UAUUUGUUCAGCAUCUGUAAAUCUAUGCUUGUUAAGUCCUUCUUAACACAAAAUCCAAUCCUAAGCUCUGCCCACAUUAUUUCUACCAGCCAUCUUCAUUUCCUAGACCCAACUUCAAUUCAUCAUUUCUCCAUCAAAUCAUCAGUUUCUUUCCCAGGAGUUAUGGCUUACAACUCAACACAUGAGUAUCUUAAUAUUGUGGAUAGACUCACUGAUGUCUACAAUAUUCCUAACAAUAUUACGGAUUCAUUGUUGGGAUACCUAAAGUUUGUAUACCGAUCAGAACUUGAAGAUCGUUACAGCGCACCUAUGUUAUGGAUUGGGAUGUACAUCGCGUUAGCGUCUCUGGUUUGCAUCCUUUUCAUGGUGGCUGAUUUAUUACAUGGUUUACGUAGCAGAAUGCUAUGGGUUCCCUCUAAAUAUUUCACAAUUAAUUCUGCUUCUCUCACUGCAAUAUCUAUUGCAAUGAAGUUACCUGUGGAUCUAACUGGUUCCAUGCCGGGUUAUGUGGACCAAGUGGCAAAGCUCGGAAGCAUGGCCUUUAUGUGUACCAUGAUGGCCAAUUUACUGCCUUGUUUAGGAACCAUGGACAGCAAUGAGCUUUUGUCAAACAUCACAGCUUUGGGGAUUCUUGUAAUCACGUUGGUUGUGAAUGUUUGCAUUCAAAUGCAAACGGGAGCUGUAUCCAUAUCAACCCAUAAAGAAGAUCCUCGUAUCAUCCAACUUACUUCACCUACACAUAUAAGUACCCAUCCUAAUCCUGUAUUACCCUUUAUUUAUGUGAUUUUGUUAGUUUUCUUAUUGAUAGUAUAUAUAUGUUCAUCUUUGGCGAUUCUAAAAACCAAACAGAUGAUGGACUCCAAAUACCAAAAAGGUCAUGAUAUAGCUUCAAAACACAUUCAACCAUCGCCAGGAAAAAUAGUAACAGUUGAUGAGCUAGAAAAGCAUGUUAGAAAUCACUGGGUAAUGUUAGAAAGUGGCAGGUGCCUCCACUUCAUAACAGCUUGCUUUAAUACAACAUCUGCUUCUGGGGUAAUAUGUGUUUUAGUCACCAUCUUACAUACUUAUACUAUGUCCGGGACUAUUAAAGCUAUGUUGGCUAAGGACUAUGAUUCGGAUUAUAGGUGGUCCAUGCUAGUAAUUCUCAUAGUACAAUCAAUUGGAGUCCUGAUUGGUACAAUUGUACCACUUUCUAGAUGUUUUGCAACCUUAAGCUUUGAAGGGUUCUUUUCAAUCCACUUUAAGGUCUUUAAAGUAGAACGCUACUGGACUGAUAAGUUAAAUGAUUGGAAACAAGCUAGUAUAAGACUCCCAUUUCAUAGCCGCAGACUGAACGUAGUCAUUGAGACUUCCAAAAGGCUAUUUAUCUACAUUUGUCUACAACUUCAGAAGGGAGUUGUGGUGUUGUGCAAGAUAAUAGCCUUGAUUCCAUUAGUAUUUGUGAUGUGUGUCUGUUAUUGUUGGAUGCCCGUGUUUAGUUUAUGGAUAAGUGAUGCUAAUCGAAACAUAAAGAUAUAUAUUUUGUAUUUUAAAAAUGGGAUGUGGGUUGGUGAGAGAACAGUGGAAGGCUUUUCAAAAUCAGUGAACCCAUUGAUACAAAAUGGUGCAAAAGGCCAACCCAAUUAUCUAAUAAAGCUCAUUCGAGAAAAAUCUACAGUUGGUUUUCAUGGAGUUGCAGUAUUUGACCAGACUGAUGACUGUAAUAUUCCAUCAGUAUUUACUGAUAUUAAAUCUUCAAAUUGUUGGAGGUUAGCUGUGGUAACCCUUACAACGAUUGCGGUUUCUCUUCCUGAAAUCGAAAAGGAGGAAGUUGAUUGCUUGUUGGAAUGUGUUAGGGAAGGUCUAUUAUACGUUACAUUGGUGGAAAAGAACCUCAAUUUUAUGUAUGAUUCUCAACAAGCAGCUGAAACUUUGUGGCGAGAAAUUAGCACCAAUAAAUGGUUAAGAAAGGAGUUGCAAAACCCUGCUUUUCAAAAGUCUACAGCUGGACAGAUUGUUAAAUUGUUCAGGGAUAACGCUACACAUUACUUGGAGGGGGGAAGCUGGAAUGAGGAUAUGCACAUGCUUAUUUGUGUCAACUCGAUGUACCGUAUAACCGAAACAAUUCUGCAUACCUACAACACCAUUGAUGAUGGCACCGUGAGCCAAAAGGAACUAUUUGAUAGCUUAUCAUCAAUGAUCGCCGACAUAAUCGCAGCUUGUCUCACCAACUUACCACAAAUCAUAAUAAUGAAAUGUCACUACAUGUCUGCGAUAAAGGAAAGGCGGACCCGUGUCAAAGAUGCAGCCCAGCUUCUAGGUGAGACUACAGAAAUAAUCAGACUCCUUCAAGAUCAUCGUAUUCCACGCAUGAAUCCAAGUGACAUGCCAUUUCUCAACAAAUGGCGUGCUUAUUUCAGGAAUCCUUCUUCAAGUGAUGAAUAACGCUAAUGUGAAUUUCAUGGGCAUGCAUCUUUACUACUCGAAGUCUCAAAGUCAUCCAGGACGGUCACUAUGUUCCUUCAAGAAGUUGAUUUGCACAAUUAGCACCCACAAAGUAUGGUGACCAAGUCCUUAGUUCUCAUAUUAAUUUGUACUCUUUCCUGCUUUACUAGAUUGUAAAUUGUUGUCGGUUACAAGUGGUCGAUUAGUAUCUGGUGUGGCUUGAGGAAUGCUUGGAUGCAUUUCUUUUUGGAUUUGUUGUCGUGGUAUACCACCGUUGGUUUGAUUAUACUCUCUGUUGGUGUUUAUCUUAUCAUGUUAAACAAGUUA